GUAUCCAGUAACACCAGUCAUCCAUCCAGGAGUACCUGGGUAUCCAAAGUCAAAAAGCUCAAAGAUACUGUACAAUGAGCCUGCAUUUCUCUUUGCAGCUCUGAAACAAAGUCACAGACGGUGUGAAGGAGGCUGAUGACGCAUAGCUGUUAUAAGUGGAAGUUGAGCUCGGAAGACGCAUCCAUUUCAGUCACGGGGGUGUUGAUGCUACAGCGCGUCUCAGAGCAGCACUUCUGCGACAUGAACGAGCGGGAUAUCCCCGCUUUCACACUCCUACCGACGACCACCGAGCAGAAAGAGCCCAAACACUACUCUCUGCAAAAACUCUACUGCAGGAAUGGAGGAUACCAUCUCCGGAUCCAACCUAACGGGACUGUGGACGCGAGUCGACAAGAGAACGACGUUUACACUAUUUUAAAGGUAAAAGCAGUGAAAGCAGGAUUAGUGGCCAUUAGGGGUCAUGAGACUGGACUAUACCUGGCAAUGGACAAAUAUGGAAAACUUUACGACACUGUCAUGUUGAACGAUGAGUGUUACUUCAUUGAGAAGAUAGAGGAGAACCACUACAACACAUACCGCUCACAGAGGUAUCAGGAGAGCGGAGACUGGUACGUGGGCAUCAGAAAGAAUGGAUGGGCAAAAGACGGCUCCAAAACACACAAGGGCCAAAAUGCAAUCUACUUCCUGCCAAUUCCAGUGGAUGGCAGCAUACAGUAACUUGUGUGUUGAUCAGAGGCCCUUAAAAGCUCUCUAAAAAACUGUAAACUCUAAAUGCAAAGACAAUGCUUAAUUAGCCAUUAUAAAUAUAUAUAUUUA